ACCGGCGGCUGCGGCCUCGGUUUCCCGAGGCUGUGUGACCUUGGGUGGCCCCGCACCCUCUCUGGGCCGGGGACUGGUGGGGCCGGGCGGAGGCCUCCUGGCCCUGCACGCGCCGGACAAGGGCUCUGGGAAGGCUUCUUGGAGGAGCGGGGCCUGGCCCCGGAUGGACGAGCUGCGGGAUCGCGCCCCGAGAUCAGCAACGCGGCGCGCCGACUGCUCUACGACCUUGAGCCGGCUCUUUCCCUCUUUGCGCCUCAGUUUCCUCGUUUGUAAAAUGGAGAUAAUAUCACCUGAGCCUGAGUCGAUGGUGCGGGGAGGGCUCGGGGAAGCCCCGAGUGUGCGCACUUCGCGCUCAACCCUGGCCCCCUUCAUGGCUGCUACUGUUUUUGCUGUUAUGUCGUUAUUAUAAUGGCACAGUCCUUGGGGAAGGGAGGCUGAGAGAGCAGCUGGGAUGGCCCCAGCCCCUUACCCCUGAGCGGUGAAGAUAACUCCUCCCAGGGGCGGGUCCAGGCCCGGCGGUGGGGGUGGUGAGGUGGUGAGAUUCAGGCCAGGGCUUUGACUCUCUGGGGCUCAGUUCUUCACCUGUAAAAUGGGGGCAGUGACGGUGGGCAUCUCCCUGCGUGGGAGGGAGGCCUCAACUAACCCCUCAUCCCCCCCCAAAAGAGCCAUACAGCCAGUCCUUAUGGAGUGCUUGUUCUGUGCGCUUUGUGGACACUAAGUUGUUUAUAUGAUCCCGUCGAGUUCUAUGAGGCAGGUAAUAUUACUGUCACCAUUGCACAAAUUAGGAAACUGAGGCACAGAGAGUCUGAGACUCAUUCAGCCUGACUGUGCACAGGUGGUCAGUGGCUUAGUAUGUAGUGGGUAUCACUGGGCCCUCUCAGCAAUCCUGACCUGUGUCUCUGCCCACAGUGACUCGGCUGGCCCGGGCAUGGCGGACCCAGUCGCAGGCAUCGCCAGCUCUGCAGCCAAGAGCGUGCGGCCAUUCCGCUCAAGUGAGGCCUAUGUGGAGGCUAUGAAGGAGGACCUGGCUGAGUGGCUCAACGCUUUAUACAGCCUGGGGCUGCCUAGCGGUGGUGAUGGCUUCCUGGCUGGGCUGGCCACAGGCACUGCCCUGUGCCAACAUGCCAACGCUGUCACUGAGGCCGCGCGGGCCUUGGCCGCCUCCAGGCCAGCUCGCGGUGUGGCCUUCCAGGCACACAGCGUGGCGCCUGGCUCCUUCGUGGCCCGAGACAAUGUGGCCACCUUCAUUGGCUGGUGCCGUGCGGAGCUGGGGGUGCCUGAAGUGCUCAUGUUUGAGACUGAGGACUUGGUGCUGCGUAAGAACGAAAAGAGCGUGGUGCUGUGCCUGCUGGAGGUGGCGCGGCGAGGGGCUCGCCUAGGCCUGCUUGCCCCCCGCCUGGUGCAGUUUGAGCAGGAGAUCGAGCGCGAGCUGCGUGCCACACCCCCAGCUCCCAACAACCCUGCCAUUGGGGAGGACCCCACUGAGGCUGCCCCUGCAACGGGGGCUUCUACCCGUGGGCCCCGCAUGACGCCCAGCGACCUGCGCAACCUCGAUGAACUGGUGAGGGAGAUCCUGGGCCGAUGCACCUGCCCAGACCAGUUCCCCAUGAUCAAGGUCUCGGAGGGGAAGUAUCGUGUGGGGGAUUCCAGCCUGCUCAUCUUUGUGCGGGUGCUGAGGAGCCACGUGAUGGUGCGUGUGGGUGGCGGCUGGGACACGCUAGAGCACUACCUGGACAAACACGACCCAUGCCGCUGCUCCUCCACUGCCCAUCGCCCACCCCAGCCCAGGGCUCAAACUUUCACUCCCCAGAGGGUGUCACCCACCCCAAGCCCCCGAGCUGGUAGCCCGGCCCCUGGGGGUGAACGCCGGGGCUCCCGGCCUGAGGUGACCCCCACUAGCCUACGCAGCUCCAAGGAGGGGCCUGAGACCCCACUCAGGCCCCGCGAUCAGCUGCCUCCCCAGCCCCGCUCUCGCCGCUACUCGGGGGACAGUGACUCCUCAGCCUCCUCAGCCCAGAGUGGCCCCCUUGGCGCCCGCAGCGACGACACAGGCACUGGCCCCCAGAGGGAGCGGCCCAGCCGACGGCUGACCACAGGCCCCCCAGCCUCCCCAAGGCGGCCCCCUACCCCACGCAGCCAGUCCCGAGACCGGCUGGACUGGGGUCGGCCCCGAGGGGCCCCAGGGGGCAGGGGGGCCCAGCUGGUGGCCCCCAGCCCUACCCGCCGGGCGAGGAGCCAGAGCCGUGAGGAGCAGGCUGUGCUCCUUGUGCGCAGGGACCGAGAUGGGCAGCACUCGUGGGUGCCACGGGGCAGGGGCGGCAGGGACUCAGGCAGGAGCAGCCCCCAGACGCCCCGGGCCCGCAGCCCCUCAUCACGCCGACCUGCCCGGGUUCCUAGCCCUGGUCCAGAGUUGGGCGGCACACCAGCCAGCGUCUUCCGCACGCCCUUGCAGCUGGACCCACAGCAGGAGCAGCAGCUGUUCCGAUGUCUGGAAGAGGAGUUCUUGGCUAACGCCCGGGCCCUCAAGGCUGCUGGUGGGAACCCCACUGGCCCUGCCCCUGACCCAGCUCGAGCCCCGGACCCUCCAGCCCCCGACUCAGCCUACUGUUCCUCCAGCUCCUCCUCCUCCUCUCUCAGCGUCCUGGGCGGCAAGUGUGGCCCCCCCGGGGACCCUGCCCAGACAGCCAAUGGGCAGUCCAGGCCCCGAGGCCCAGCCCUAUCCAGCUCUUCCGAUGAGGGCAGCCCCUGCCCUGGUGUUGGGGGGCCACCUGAUGCACCUGGGACCCCCCUUACCGGCCCGGAGCCCUUGAGAACCUGGGCCCGAGGCCGGAUGGACACACAGCCAAAUCGGAAGCCCUCCCGCAUCCCCACGCCGAGUGGCCCCCGCCGCCCGUCUGGACCCACAGAGCCUGGAGCCUGGCGUGCCCUGCACUCGGUCAGCACAAGUGCUGAGCCGGAUUCCUGGAUGUGAUGGACCAGCCCAGCAGCCCCCAGGCCCAGUUCCUUCUCCCUUUCCUUUGUGGCCUUAACCCCUCUGCAUCAGGGAGCUCCCUCUGCCUCUUGGGUUCCAGACCUCAUGGGACCAGCCCUCUCGGGACCACAUGGCACAAUAGGACCUGUUGUACAUUCCGGGUAGCGGGUGAGCGUUGCUAUUUAAUUACUAAUAUUAUUGAAUGAAUGCCUUAGAGGAGGCCGGGCUGGCUUAGUGCCCUGUAGUAGGCCUGUGGCCCUGCAGAGCCUGACAGUAAAGUUUUGCUCCAGCCGCUUCUGUCUCCUUCUUAGGGGUUCUGCUUUGGGGUUCCUUGUUACAUGUUGGGAUUCUAGACUUGCCCAGUGGUUCUGACCUCCAGGCUCAAGCCCAGCCCCCACACUCUGCCCAUCCCAGAAAUGCCAGAUGCACCUGAAUCAGUUGCCCCUUUAUUGCCAUGUGAUGGGUGUGACAGAACAGUUUGUCCACUGAAGCUCCAGGAGCAGCCUGGGAGCUUCCAGUUAGAUUCAUAGCCAAGUCCUUCCA